CUCCCGGGCACACGCCGUGGCGUGGCGUGCGCGUAGAGCCCAGACCCUCGUCGGGCUUUGCUAGCGUGGUGGGGCACAGUCGCGCCUGAGUUUUUAAAAGUCCUGUACCAAGAAAUGGUGACACCGGCGCUGCAAUUCAAAAAAGGAAAAGCAAGCCUGAGUGGAAACAAAAGCCCCCUCAGCAACAGGGUGUUUUUUCAUGGCGUAUUCCGUCUUCCUCUCUGCACAGUUCACAUCUACACUUCUUUCCUUGAACUACAGAAAUGCCGUCUUGAUCAGGUGAGGAGGAGCAGGAUGGACGUUCUGCGGCCUACCCUGAUAAAGAUCGGGGGGCGAAUAUACAGGAAGAAUCUCAUUCAAGAGCAGGCCUACCAGCACGAGGAGGAGGAGGAGGAUUUCUGUGCAGGCCCCAGUGACUGCGCAGACGAACCCUGUGAUGCCUUUGUGGUGGAAGAGACUGAGAAAGGCUUCCAGUGCAGAGUGGAGGUUCCCAGCCCCUUAUACAAGUACAUCAUUGGGAAGAAAGGGGAAACCAAGAAGAGACUAGAAACAGAGACUCGAACCUCCAUCAGCAUUCCCAAGCCUGGAGCGGAAGGAGAAAUUGUGAUUACAGGGCAGCAUCGCAGUGGUGUCAUCUCUGCCCGAACGCGGAUCGACGUUCUCCUGGACAGCUUCCGUAAGAAGCAGCCCUUCACACACUUCCUGUCCUUCGCUCUCAACCAGCCCGCCAUCCAGGAGAAGUUCCUGCAGUUCAAGGAGGAAGUGUUGGAGAAAUGCUCAAAGGAUCACGGGGUCAGCAGCAGCCUGUUCCAGAACCCUGCAAAGCUUCACCUGACUCUUGGGACGCUGGUACUUCUGAACGAGCAAGAGACCCAGAAAGCAUGUGACCUCCUACAGCGAUGCAAAGAGGACUUUGUGGACCAAAUAGCUGGAGGCAAGCCCCUGACCGUGGAGGUAGCAGGAGUGGAGUACAUGAAUGAUGACCCUGCCAUGACGGACGUCCUUUAUGCCAAAGUCCACAUGAAGGAUGGCUCGGAUAGAUUGCAGGUGAUCGCUGAUCAACUGGUGGAAAGGUUUGUGGCCUCUGGCCUGAUGCUUAAAGAAUGGGAUAGGGUGAAACUGCAUGCUACAGUCAUGAACACUCUCUUCAGGAAAGAUCCAAGUGCUGAAGAGCGAAACAAUACAAUGACUGGUAAAUCAUCUUUCAAGGAACGGGAGUCGUUUAAUGGCCGAAAUAUCCUCAAGCUCUUCGAGAACUUCUACUUUGGAGAGGCACAGCUGGACUCGGUGCGUCUUUCCCAGAGGUUCUCCUCGGAUGCCUCUGGCUACUACGCGACGUCUGGGCAGCUGACCUUCUCCUGAAGUGGCAACGCAGCUGCUGCAGCAGACGAACGCCUUUGUGCUCUCCAAGCAGAGGAGGAAGGGCUGCCUUCGAAACAGUUCACUCGGCGAGCAGAGCACCGGCGUGCUCGCUAGCAGGGAUGUGCUGAGAGCACUUAGCACCGGUUGCUGUCAUCUUUCCGCCAGCCUGAAGAGGUACUUGGCAAAUCUCAGCAGCUGCCCAAAGAACAGACCUGGGAGCUGCUCACACAGCCGCCAGCCGUGCUGCCUGCCGCAGGAAGGGGAGAUGCACCUUGGAAAGCUUCUGCCUGCUGGGUUUUUAACAACUCUCACCAAGAAGCUGAGCACUACAGGACAUGGGGUGUUGUUCGCACUCUGGUUUUCCUUAAUAGGGCAUUGGUGGCAUUUCUAUCACGCCUGCUUUCCUCCGUUGUCACCUAAUACUGGCGAUUCUGAUUUCUUCUUCUUCUUCACUGAGGUGGACUUACAGUCUUCCCACCUCCCUAACACAGGAGUAGCUUUGACCUUGCAAACAGCAUCUCGGCAUGGAGGCAAACAGCUUUUCUACAAAGAAGGGCCGAUCCGAGGAUACUCCUCCACUUCCCACUAAUGUAGACAUGUUUUAAUGACAGUUAUUUCUGUGACUGUUUGGAAGUUGGUUGAAUUUUGGCGGUAAGCGGCUUAUUCUGCUGCUCUAGCCUGGCACGGCUAAAUUCAUUUUACACCUCCAUCCCUGGGCAGAAUUAAGGGUUCUGGUCUGUUCCUCUCAUGCGUGGCAUCGUAGGUUAGGCUGUGAUCCAGCAAACCAUUGUGCGUGUACUUAAAUUUACGCCUCGCUUGAUCCCCUUGUAUAACGUUAAGCACGCACGUGAGUGUGGUGGAGUGGCAGCUCCGCUUUGCCGCUUUUGAAACGAAAAUGCUUAUUACAUAAAUGAGAGGGGCAGAGUUGGAUGUUGUAUCCCCUUACACUUACACAAGGGAGCUACUUGCGUAAAUAAAACACACCUACUGCUUUUCGGGGGGGCGGGGCUGGAAGAAAAUGUACUGCGAUGGAUUUACCAAGGGGUUUCCCUUUUCUGUCAUUGUUCAUAAAUAUAAUUAGAACACCUUCAUACUGAGCACGAUAAAACUGUGUUUUAUGCAUGGUCCUGCACCGAUGAAUUGAAAUCCCGUUAAACCAGGCAGCGAUACGGGUUUGCAAGAUACAACCUAAUACUUUCGAACUUGCCUAAAACUUGUUAAAACUGAGAUCUGCGGCUCUGCUUCUUUCCCCCAUCUAGGCUGCGUUAGAGGCUGGCCGCCCCGCUCG